GAAUCUUCCAAUUUCUCUCUGUACUUCCGUCCUCCCUCCUGUUCUACUUACUACUAUAAAUAAGCUAAAUGCCCCCUUCUCUUCGUCAACGACCUCUUUUCUAUCUCAAAACUAUAAUCUCACUGCAAAGUUUCCCAUCAAAUGGCGACCGCCGCAUCCUCCCCUUCCUGCUUUAUCGGACAAAAGCUACCCUCCAGCAACACUACCUCUUCUCUUCCAGCUCCAUCUUGUAUCAGAUUCCGGUCACCUCGCGUCGCCGCCACCUACACCACGGCGGAGAAGACCAGGUCACCUCACCUUUAUACUUCCAACUUGGCUUCGCCGGAAUCGCUUUAUGAGUUGCUCGGUGUACCAACGGGCGCUACCUCUAAGGAGAUCAAGGCGGCGUAUCGGCGGUUGGCUCGUGUUUGUCAUCCGGAUGCGGUGGCGACAGAUCGGAAAGACACUUCGGCUAAUGAGUUCAUGAAGAUCCACGCCGCCUAUUCUACGCUUUCCGAUCCUCAAAAGCGUACCGAUUACGACCGUGACCUCUUCAGCCGGCAAAGACUAUAUAGAUCUCCACCGUCAGCCUUUACCUACUCGGCGGCGUCAGCGGCAUCUUCUUUGUCUGGAUUUUCUGGCUAUACUCGCAAGAAUUGGGAGACAGAUCAGUGCUGGUAGACAAAUUUCUCGGUUGCGGCGGGGGGGGGGGGGGCUUUCUUCCCCCUUUGCUUUAAACUUCAAAGAAUUAAACCGAUCGUGAUUCAAGUUCAAAAAUAGUAAGAGAAAACAGAAUCCCGAAGCCAAGAAAGACACUUUUGUGCAUCGGAGAGAAUCAGAGAUCGCUCUGUUGUGGAGUUGAUGAAAUUGCCUUCUGCCUAGUAUCGGACAAGGUACUAAAAAGAUGCAGCGCCGCUUUACAUGGAGAAAUUUCUGCAAGGGGAUCUGAGACGUCGUUAGAGAUCCUGUAAUGGCGAUUCCGAACAUCAUCCAUGGCCUUAACGGUGGGGCAGAACCCGUGUUUUAAUUAGGAUUUCAGAGUUCAGGCAAGGAGGGAUAGCCGGAGAAGACAGGUCAUGAGUCAUGACCAUUGGCUAUUCAGCGCCACGCUGCACCGUGGAAGAAAAAACAAGGAAGAAAAAUGAUUUUAUUAAGUGUGAUUACAUUUAUAUAGAUUCAACUGUAAUAACUAGAGUUUCAAGUUCUGAUCCAUUGUUAUUAUACAAAAUAAAUAGAAACAGAUCUCUCUCUUCUAU